AUGGUUUUGGGAUGUAACGCAGCUGUCACAUACAUAGACUCAAGCGCCGUGGAAGCUAUUAAAAAAUUGUACGAGGAGUAUAAAACAAGAGACAUUCAGCUUGCGAUAUCGAACCCGAACAAAGAGGUUCUAUUGAUUCUGGCAAGAUCAGGCAUUGUGGAACUUAUUGGCAGAGAAUGGUUCUACGUGAGAGUACAUGAUGCAGUCCAAGUUUGUCUUCAUUACGUCGAGACACCACCCACAAAUGUUGAAGAAGAAAGCAGCAAUAAUACAAGCUUAUGGAGAAGGAGUAGCGCUAAAANAAACAUAAGCUACAUCAAGGACAGGCUACGAGAAUAUGAAGUAGCUAUCGACAAACGCACAAACAAGGGGCCAGAUUUGGAGAGGAUAUACUUUGUUAUCCUGGAAUUGUCUCCUGUCACAUACAUAGACUCAAGCGCCGUGGAAGCUAUUAAAAAAUUGUACGAGGAGUAUAAAACAAGAGACAUUCAGCUUGCGAUAUCGAACCCGAACAAAGAGGUUCUAUUGAUUCUGGCAAGAUCAGGCAUUGUGGAACUUAUUGGCAGAGAAUGGUUCUACGUGAGAGUACAUGAUGCAGUCCAAGUUUGUCUUCAUUACGUCGAGACACCACCCACAAAUGUUGAAGAAGAAAGCAGCAAUAAUACAAGCUUAUGGAGAAGGAGUAGCGCUAAAAACUCAUCAUCACCCGACACAAACCUUUUGAAGGAACCAUUGGUGUAAAGAGAGAACUAAGACAUUCAAUACUCAUUGUUUCUUAAGCAUAUAUAUGUAUAGAAAACAACAAUGGAAAUUGGAAGCCAUAAGAUUCAUUCA